UUUAUACCCCAUAAUAUGCUUAUUAGCUACGGAAGUAGCUCUCAUCUGUCCAAAUAAAAAAUGAAGACGACGCAGAGAUUACCAACGUGGGAAAUAUUCUCCGAUGACGGUAAUAGUUACCGAUGGGUUGCUCACGGUUAUGAUAAUAAAACUAGAUCUGAUGAAAAACCUAGGGUUGUAACUCAACAUGAAGAAAACCCUAAUUCUCGUCUUCCUUCGAUGCAAGAUCUCUUGUUUCAAGGAUCUUCAAAGCUGUUACAAAGCAAUGAAUUGAACAAUGAGAGUCCACCUAUGUUUAGAACUGGAUUAGGGAAAUCUGUUGCGGUUAAGAAAUCUUCAAUUCUAAAAGCUUUGUCUGUUCUUGGCGAGGAUACUGUUCAAUAUGGAGGAGGUCAAAUGCAAGGUGGAGAUAAUGGACAUAUUUUCUCAAAUACAGUUUUCCAAACUGGGUCUGGGAAAACAGCAAAUGUUUCUGUUCUUGGUGAGGAUAAUGUUUUUAAUGGACGAGGAGAUCAAAUGCAAGGUGGAGAUAAUGGACAUAGUUUCUCGAAUACAGUUUUCCAAACCGGGUCUGGGAAAACAGUAAAUGUUUCUGUUCUUGGUGAGGAUACUAUUCUUAAUGGAGGAGGUCAAACACAAGGUGGAGGUAAUGGACAUAGUUUCUCGAAUACAGUUUUCCAAACCGGGUCUGGGAAAAAAGUAAAUGUUUCUUCUGCGGGGCUUAUGAGAGCUAAGACACUUUUGGGUUUGGAUGGAGACUCUAGUCAGUUGUCAAAUAGUGAUUCAGAAGCUUGGGGAAGGUCAUUUCAGUUGGAAGAGAAAAUUGAGGGGCGUACUAAUGCUUUUGUAACUUCUAAGUCAAUUUAUACGUGUGCUACCGACUAUCCAACUGAUACAUAUAUAACAGAAGAUAAUCCGGAGAAAGAGGUACUGCCAAGUAUCUUGGCAUCUGAAAUUCACAAUUCCUCUUCUAAACCAUCAGCAAUCAAAUUCCAAACUGCAGGAGGAAGGUCUAUAUCAAUUUCCGAUGAUGCAUUGCGACGUGCUAGAAGUCUUCUUGGCGACUCAGAAAUUGAUUUGUUAACGAAUGAAGGAAGUCUAGACACUCCAGGGUUCUCAUCAUUUGAGAAAGACAACCCAUUUAACAAGAUUCCGCUAAACAAAGAAAGUGAUCCUUCUGCACCUUGUUUGAGCCAAGCUCAUACAGUUAACAGCCACAGUUCUAACGGGAUUCUUCUCACCAAAGGGACCUAUUCGAAGCAUAAGCAGUUUCCUGCUAGUUUAGAAGCUCGGAAUCCGGGGGAUAACUUGGUUAAGCAAAUUAAUGGAAAUGGGUUGCCAUACAGAGGAAAUUGUGCUAAAGAUAGUAACAUUAAGCCUUCAAGGAAUGAAUUCAGUUCACCCUAUAUGGUUGCUGGAAAUUCUAGGGCGAAAGAUAUUGGUUCAAGAGUGAAAAUAGUGGGAAGACCACUAAGUAAACCAUUGGUUGACAUAUCAAACAUCGUCGGCAUUGCUCCCAGGAAUGGACCCUCUGAACCUCAUGUUGCAGUCAGAAACUCUUUGACGAAGGAUAUUGGUUCAACAGUAAACACAGUGGGAGCACCGCCCAGUGGGCCAUUUACUGAUACUCCAAAUAACAUCGGUGCUGCAUGUGGGAAUAAAAAACAAGUAACUUCUGAUAAGAGGAAACUUGGAAGUAGAAGUUCCCCCUCUCCAUUCAAAAGGCCUCGCUGUUCUCGGUUUUCCGCUCCUCUGGACAGGAAUAUUUCUUUUGUAGUACCUAAUGCAACAUGUGAAGAUUCGCCUUGCAAACCAAAGGUCUCCAGUAAAUAUCCAUUCCAAUUUGCAAGGAGGACCAUUAAAGAAUACUUUGGAGGGCCUCCUCGAACCAGCAACCUGUUGGAAAAAAUAGAAAACAGCGUGAAAUGCAUGAGUGCUGACCGUGCUGAGGCGUACAUGUUCCUUGAUGCUUCUAGCUUGGAUGUAAUAGGAGCAGAAGGUUUUCAUCAGAUGUUGGUUCGUUCUGGUGCUUCCAUGCUCAAUAGAGAAUGGGUUGUGAAUCACUACAAGUGGAUAAUUUGGAAAUUAGCUUGUUAUGGAAGAGGCUAUCCAGAAAAAGGUGCCAUGGAAUAUUUGACAGUGCUGAAUGUGCUUGAAGAGUUAAAGUACAGGUAUGAGAGGGAAGUAAAUCAUGCUCAUAGAUCUGCAAUAAAAAGAAUUCUGGAAGGGGAUGCUUCAGCUGCUUCAAUGGUGGUGUUAUGCAUUUCUGCUGUUCGUUUUAACCCAAACCAAGAACUUGAGGCAGGACAUGGUAUGGCUCCAGGUGAAGAAGCCAAGAAGCCAAGUAGUGUUGCAAAGAUAGAGUUAACUGAUGGAUGGUAUUCAGUAAAUGCCACUUUGGAUGUAGCGCUGACAAAUCUGCUCAUUGCUGGAAAACUGUUCGUGGGCCAAAAACUUCGGAUCUGGAGAGCAUCGUUAUGUGGAUGGGUUGCACCCACUUCACCUCUUGAGGCAUCUAAAACUGUUAGUUUACCCUUACACAUAAACGGGACAUACAGAGCACACUGGGCUGCUCGGUUGGGGUUCUGUAAGGAACUUGGACCUCCCUUGGCUUUCAGGUGUAUCAAGGGUGAUGGUGGUCUGGUGCCCAGGACACUCGUCGGAGUAACACGAGUUUAUCCUGUUCUCUAUAAGGAGAGGUUAACUGAUGUAGACUCUGUUGUGAGAUCAGAAAGGUUGGAGAACAAAGCCCGUCAACUGUACAAUGAAAGGCGUUCCACAAUUGCAGAAGGUAUUGCAUUGGAGUUGCAAAGGGAGGUCUCUAAUUCACAUGGCAAGAAUGACAGUGACAGUGAAGAAGGGGCGCAAAUCUUUAAGAUCCUUGAGGGAGCUGCUGAGCCGGAUGUAUUAAUGGCAGACAUGAGCGCUGAGCAAUUAAAUUCUUUUUCUACUUAUAAAACAAAACAAGAGGCAAUCAGGCAGUCAAAUAUGCAGAAGGUUGUUGAGAAAGCAUUAGAAGAUGCUGGACUGAAUGAGAGACUAGUCACCCCAUUUAUGAGAGUAAGGGUGGUUGGUUUAACUAGUAAAGAUUCCAAGGGGCAAAGCUGUACUAGAGAAGGCUUGAUAACAAUCUGGAGCCCAACAGAGAAGCAGCAACUUGAGCUCGUGGAAGGACAGGCAUAUAUUGUUUCAGGGCUUAAACCCCUGAAAUUAGAUUCAAAUACCCUGUACAUUCAAGCAAAUGGUUCUACCAUUAAAUGGCAGCCAUUAGCUCCCUUAGCAGCUGCAAGUUUUGAAUCAUUUUUCUCCCCUCGCAAAUCAAUCUUCUUGUCAAAUAUGGGCGAAGUUUCUCUAGCCAGUGAAUUUGAUAUUGCUGCCGUAGUUGUGUAUGUUGGAGAGUCUUACACAUCUUGCCAUCAAAAGAAGCAGUGGGUGUUUGUAACAGAUGAUUCCAUGUCAGGAUCGAAAUCGCUUGCAGAAGGUUCUUCCAAUUGUUUACUUGCUAUCAGUUUCUGCUCACCCAGUAUGGGUAAAGAUUCAUUUGCAGCGAUCAGUUACACCCUUGAAGGAUCAACUGUUGGCUUUUGUAAUCUGGUGAAGCGAGCAAAGGACCAAAUGAACAAUCUAUGGGUGGCAGAGGCAACAGAUAAUUCAGCAUAUUCCCUUUUUAAUGACCUCCCUGCUUCUUCUCACCUCAAAGUAGCUGCCACUUCUGCUUACAGAUGGGCAAAGAUCUCUUCUUCGACUAUUCAAAAGCUCAGGGAGAGGGUUCUAUUUAUUCUUGGAGAUUCUAACCCUCCUAAUAGCUAGGAUUUGUCACAACUUAUUUGCACAAAGUGUUCCUUUUUUUUGUAGAAUCAAUUUUUUGAACUGGAAGUGUAAAUAUAGAUGACUGUCUUGAUUCUGGGCAGAGAUCCGUUUCAUGGACAGGAGCACGGCUGUACAGGGUAAGACAGUGUGGCAGCUUGUUCAAGCAGCAGAGUCACUCGUGGUUUAUGUAAAGAAACAAACAGGCAACCCUUUACAGAGAAGCAUUCUUUCAAGACAUACUUGCAUUUGGUUAGCUCGUUCACUACUAUUGACAUGGGCAGCUGCUUCAGGGUUAGGCUUCUCAUAAUUACUAGCAGUAUGAUCGGGAGUCUACGUUGAUCGGGAGUCUAGUCUUUUUAUAACUUUCAGUUUUCUGCUAGCUGCAUAAUCUACUUCUGGUAGAUGUUGUAUACAUUCUCAUUCUUCAUAAUAAUAGAGGAAUCCGGCAAGCGUUAAAUGUUGUCCUCUGACUAA